CCUAAUGCUACUUUUCAAAGUUGCAUGCUUACUCCUACUACUAUUAUAAACUAACUACUACUAUACACUAUCUCUAACUUCACUCUGCAUGUUUUACAAACUUCUUUUGUGUGCCUCCUGAAAUAAUUCAUCUUUCUUACCAUACUCUUAAGAAAUCUUUAAGCACCUUUUAUUUUUCUUUCAAAACCAAAUUUCCCUCUUCUUCAAAUUUAGCACACAAAAGACAUGGAUAAACCACCUACUACUCAUAGUACUAGGAACUAUAAUUUCUCAAAACUUCAAUCUCUUUUUUCAAAAAAUCUCCCAAAAAAAUCCCUCUUUUCUUCUCAAUUUUGCUUAUCAACCUCUGUUUUUGCUCUUCUUGUUCUUCUUCUACUUAGUUACAAUUCCUUCACUAUCUUCUAUUUUAUCCCUGUUUUUUCCAUGGAAAAUGACAAUGAAACAGAGAAAAAAUUACCCACUUCACAUUUAUCCUCUUUACAAUCAAGUUUUCCUUUAGAUCAUGAAAUAACCCAUUUCACUUCUAUUAAAAAGUCCACCAAUUUCACCCAAACAAUAAGAAAAGCCAAGCAAGUGAUCAAACCUCCUUCAUUAGAGCUUGAUCACUUCAUAAUGAGGACAUUUUCAAAGCGCGUGAGACAGUUUUUCAAUGAGAAUUCUUGCAAGUUUAGGGUGUUCAUGACAUGGAUAUCGUCGAUCGAUUCGUUUGGACAAAGAGAAAUGUUCACCAUUGAGAGCCUCUUCAAGUUUCACCCACAUGCUUGCUUGCUUAUUGUAUCAAAUUCAAUGGAUUCUAAUAGAGGAACACAAAUUUUAAGACCUUUUUUAAGGUUACAUUUCAAGGUAAUGGCUGUAUCACCAGAUUUUAAGUUCAUUUUCAAGAAUACAAUGGCUGCACAUUGGUAUGAAAAGUUAGAGAAAGGACAUAUUAAGAGAGGAGAAAUUUCAUUAGGUCAAAAUAUUUCUAACUUGCUUAGACUUGCUUUACUUUAUAGGUAUGGUGGUGUUUAUAUGGACACUGAUUUUAUAGUUUUGAAGAGAUUAGAUAAAUUUAAGAAUACAAUUGGUGCACAAACUAUUGAUCAAAAGACAAAAAAUUGGACUAGAUUGAAUAAUGCUAUGAUGAUAUUUGAUAAGAAACACCCUAUUUUGAUCAAGUUUAUUGAAGAAUUUGCACUCACUUUCAAUGGAAAUAAGUGGGGGCAUAAUGGUCCAUACCUUGUAUCAAGAGUUGUAGGAAGGGUACUUAAUGGAAGCAUUAGCAUGGAAGGUGUUAGUGAGUUUACCAUUUUACCCCCGGAUGUGUUCUAUGUUGUGGGUUGGGGUAGGAUUGGUAACCUCUUUAGAAAGCCUGUUGAUGAAUUUAACUUGAAGUGGGUAAAUGAUAAGCUUGAUUAUAUUGAGAGGGAGAGUUAUGCUAUUCAUUUAUGGAAUAGGCAAAGUAGAAAUAUUCAAGUUGAAGAUGGGAGUAUAAUUGGUCAUUUGAUGAAAAAAUCAUGUGUAUUUUGCAAUUUGUCAAGUGCAAACUCCUAAAUACUACUUCUAUGUAUGUCAUGAAGGACUAAGGUUUGGAUACGAGCUUGUAACAAUAAUUUCAUCAUGCAAUUGGUGUCAAAAUAUGAUAUAGUAAGCUAUCAAAUGAUGAUAUAAGUUCAUGAUUCGUCUAAUCUAUAAGUCACGUUGUUUUUGUAACUUUUGGGAUUUCAAAUCCUUGUAAGCUUACCAUUACUUGUAGUUUUUAACUAUACUUUUAUAUUUAUCUAUAUUUUUACUUA